AAUGGAACGAAACUUGUAAAUCCAAAGAUUACAAUACAAUGUCGACCUGACGAACUUCGUCAACCGUUGCCAACUUUUCUGGGAAGGACUGAUUUUUUGAGCUAACUCUUAACCAAAAGUAAAAUGGCAAAUUGUAAUGUAGAUCUUACAAUGAAUCCAGAAAUCCUUCCAUCAGUCAAAAAAGAAGAGGCGUUCAACGAAUUUUAUACCGAAGUCAAGGAGAUAGAAAAACGUGAUUCAGUUUUGACACCUAAACAGCAAAUUGACAGGUUGCUUCGUCCAGGAUCAACAUAUUUCAACCUGAAUCCAUUUGAAGUUUUGCAGGUUGACCCUGACGCCCCUCUAGAUGAAGUUAAAAAGAAGUACAAACGGCUUUCCAUUUUAGUGCAUCCAGAUAAAAAUCAAGAUGAUCCGGACCGAGCACAGCAAUCAUUUGAAAUAAUCAACAAAGCUUGGAAAACACUUGAAAAUGAAGAGACAAGAACGAAGUGUUUGGAUGUGAUAGAGGAAGCAAAAGCUCGGACUGAUCAUAUGGUAAGUGAAAAGCGGAAGAAGUUGAAGCGCGAGGGAAAGGAGCAGCGAGUGGAUGAAGACGACCCUGGAAACUAUAAACAUGCUGUGUACGUGAUGACAAUGAAGCUGUUUGCUGACAUGGAGCGCAAGAGGAGAGACCUCGAGCAGAGAGAUAUGGAGGAAAGAAAACGCAAAAGAGAACAGGAAAUAGAAGAAGAGGAAAAGGCUACUAUAGAAAAAGAAUGGCAGAAAAAUUUUGAGGAAUCAAGACAAAACAGAGUAAACAGCUGGAAGGCAUUCCAGGCUGGAAGUUCAGGGAAUACAAAAAGUAAGAACAAGAAGAUUCGUGGCAGUUUCAAGCCGCCGAAACAUAAGGCGGAGUCGAGGUAACUGACGGUGUUCUUGCCAAGAGAUAGACGGCGUGGGUGUUGCACGUCCAUCGUGGUUUUGUCCAGUUUGAUUCUGUAUACUGCCAUUGUGUGUGGUGGUCACAUGUUUUUCAGAAGCAAGCAUAAUUCAGACUUUCAAAUUAUGGAUACAUCUUCACUUCAAUGCCAGUGUUAUAAAAUUGUGAAAUUUGACUUUGUUGAGAGACAAACUAUAGAAAACGAGGAAGUUGUCGUGAAGGAACUAAUUUGGUUUCUUUCUGUAGUUACAUGGACAUUAGAUACAUAGAGCUGCAAUCUCACUAAGAAUAACACUAAAGUAUGGCUGAAUUCGACAGACAAGACAUUUAGCAUGACAAUUGAAGACCUAAAAGGAAAAGUUGAAUUUUAUUGUAUAUAUUUGCAGUGAUUACUAACAAAACUGGAAAGUGAUCUAAAUUCAUGUGUGUCAAGGUUUGAAGUUAAAACAUUGUUCUUUUCUCUAAACUGCAGAAAAAUAAACUAAUUUUAUAAGUA